AUGUUCAGCAGCCAGAUCAGAAACGACGCGGACAGCCCUGCCACUCUUAACCUGACAAACACCAAGUUCACCACUACCGGCAAGACAAUGCCAGGCCUCUGGUUCGGCAAUCUAAUCGGCCAGGUCACUCUCAACAACGCCGAACUGAAUACUGACUCUGGAAUUUUGGUCGUUGCCAAUUACUCCCAGAUCACUCAGGACUUUGACUACUACGCUAGCUACGAAGACAACAGUAGUCUCAAGCCCGCCGAGAUUACAGUGUCUAUUUUGGAGUCCGACCUCGUCGGGGAUUUGGUUGCAUAUAAUGGUAGUUCCAUUAGUUGGGCCUUGACCAAGCACAGUACCUGGACCGGCGCUGCUUACUCUGGCUACGCCAAGUCUACAUUCGAUGUUUCCCUAGAUGCUACCAGCCAAUGGACUCUGACGGCUGAUACCACUGUUCAGAACUUCACCGAUACCCUUCGUACACUGAAGAAUGUUCACUCUGGAGGGUUCACCUUGUACUACAACUCGACCGUGAGCACCUGGCUGGGCGGAAAGACUGUUCGACUUCCCGGAGGUGGCAAGGCUCGUCCUAUUUCCUCGAUCUCUAGCCGUGUUCAACGAAAUGGUCAGUCGUGGAGGGUUUAG